GGUCCAGCGUGUUUCGUGCUUUAUAAGCAGCUUGCGGUAUCCAGGGAGCUCAGGUGAAGGACUCCUGCAAAAGCCUCCACUGCAGGUGUGUAUCACCACUCUUCAUACUGCAAUACACCAUACAUUACAAACAAGACUCAAUUCAGGGCAAUGCCUCUUCAUCCAGAAUUUAGAGAUACUCCGUCUCCCACUCUUGAUGAUGCUGGUAAGGCACCGAAAGACUUAGUCGUCCUGUCGGCAUAUUCUACCAUGGACCUGGUGGACAAGGACCCGGAUGAGGAUGACCCCUGGAACCUCCCUGAACUGCAGGACACUGGACUCAAGUGGUCAGAGUUGGAUGCCAAAGGGAAGGUUAUGCGGGUUCUGACUUCCAUCGUCAAGUUUAUUCUGCUGGUUGGAUUUCUCUACAUGUUCGUCUGCUCUCUGGACGUCCUGAGCUCUGCUUUCCAGCUAGUUGGAGGUAAGGCAGCAGGGGACAUUUUCCAAGACAAUGCGGUGCUGUCCAACCCUGUGGCUGGCCUGGUGAUUGGAGUGCUGGUCACAGUGUUAGUCCAGAGUUCUAGCACAUCCUCCUCUAUUGUGGUCAGCAUGGUGUCUUCUGGAUUGCUGGAGGUCCAGUCUGCCGUGCCUGUCAUUAUGGGAGCCAACAUUGGAACCUCAGUCACCAACACUAUCGUGGCGAUGAUGCAGGCAGGAGACAGAAAUGAGUUCCGCAGGGCGUUUGCUGGUGCCACGGUGCAUGACUUCUUUAACUGGCUGUCUGUGCUGAUCCUGCUGCCGCUGGAGGCAGCCACUGGUGUCCUGUAUAAACUCACCAAGAUUGUCAUCGACUCCUUUAACAUCCAGGGGGGUGACAAUGCCCCUGACCUGCUAAACGUCAUCACUGACCCCCUCACCAGUGCCAUCAUAGAGCUGGAUAAAACGGUCAUCAGUGACAUUGCCACGGGUGACCCAGCGGCCAGAAACAAGAGUCUGAUCAAAAUCUGGUGCAAAACAGAGAAAAUCACGACUCUUUUAAAUAUAACAGUUCCCUCAGCUGCCAACUGCACGAUCGGCGUCCCCUGUUGGGUGGAAGGCAACAAGACAUGGACGCAGAUAAAUGUUACUGAGACGAUCAAUCUAGAGAGAUGUAACCAUAUCUUUGCCUAUGCUAACCUGCCUGACCUGGCUGUGGGCCUCAUUCUGCUGGCCCUGUCCCUGCUCAUCCUCUGUACCUGCCUCAUCCUCAUCGUCAAGCUGCUCAACUCCAUGCUCAAGGGACAGGUGGCCGUGGUCAUCAAAAAGGUGCUCAACACAGACUUCCCCUUCCCCUUCGGCUGGGUCACUGGUUACAUUGCCAUCCUGGUCGGAGCAGGAAUGACCUUCAUCGUUCAGAGCAGCUCUGUCUUCACCUCUGCAAUCACGCCCCUUGUCGGUAUUGGUGUUAUUAGCCUUGAGAGAGCCUAUCCCCUGACAUUGGGCUCUAAUAUCGGCACAACUACCACUGCUAUUCUUGCUGCUAUGGCUGCUCCCGGGGAAACCCUGGCCAACUCACUCCAGAUUGCACUGUGCCAUUUCUUCUUCAACAUAGCGGGGAUCCUGCUGUGGUAUCCUAUCCCCUUCACUCGGAUCCCCAUCCGCUUGGCCAGAGCCCUGGGGAACCGCACAGCCAACUACCGCUGGUUCGCAGCGAUCUACCUCCUGCUCUGCUUCUUCCUCAUGCCCCUAACCAUCCUGGGGCUCUCCCUGGCCGGCUGGCAGGCCCUGGUGGGGGUGGCCGUGCCCAUCGUUGUCCUGGCCAUCUUCAUCAUCAUCGUCAACCUGAUGCAGACGCGUUGUCCUCGGUACCUGCCCAGCAGGCUCCGGAACUGGGACUUCUUGCCCCGCCCCCUGCACUCCAUGGCCCCCUGGGAUGGAGUGGUUAUGUCUGGCAUGGCCUUCUGUAGAACCCGCUGCUGCUGCUGCUGUAAGUGCUGCCAGAAGACUGAGGAUGAAGAGAAGGGUGGUAAGGAGAGGAAGAAGAGUCAAGAGAUGUAUGAUAACCCAGCCCUAACCAGAGACGAUGAACCACUAGAAGCUCCCAAGGAAACUGUGAAAGCUACACAGCUCUGACACAGUUAUGAAUUCACUGUAACAUAUCUGUAAGACAUAUAUAACAUAUAUGUAAUCCUCCACAUUUGCUCAGGCUUUAUGGAGUUAACCAGUCUCUGUUUAGAUGAUACUGUAUCAUGAAGUGGUGAAGGCCCGAACACAGCAACUGUACUUCUUGUAGGAGAACAUCACCAUAUAUAGCUAAAACCACUCCAUGGUAUCAUACAGACUCAUUAUGCACAUCCGUCAUAUAUUUUUGAUCAUGUUUAUUGAAUGUAUCAUUUCAACUUUCAUGAUAAAAUAGAAUGGGAUAAACAUGCACUUUAAAAAAUAUAUUAUUAAUGCAACACUGACUAUUUAAAAAUGUUUUACCUUUUGAUAUUUGUAAGUAAUACAAAUUGUUAGUUGUAAACAGAAUGUUGUGAUAAUUUCCAAAUAGUGUAAUGUUCCUAUUUGAUAAUUUACUGUAUUGCAUUGUAUAUUGUAGCAUGACUGACUGUAAUUUUACAUUCUGUCGGACUGAAUACAUGUUGGUAUUUGUUUUAUAUGGGUUUCACAGUAUUGUCUCUCAUCAAUAAAUAUUAGAAACCAA